UGGAUUGGUAUGUGUGUGAGAGGAGCAGCAGCGGUGGUGUCAGUCAGCUGGGGUAGGUGGGGUCACAAAGAGCCAAGAUGGCUGACUUUGAGGAGCCGCUGUCAGAUGAAGAGAAGGUCCGCAUAGCGGCAAACUUUGUGACUCAUGCCCCACCAGGAGAGUUCAAUGAGGUCUUCAAUGAUGUGCGGCUUCUCCUCAACAAUGACAACCUCCUUAGGGAAGGGGCAUCACACUCUUUUGCCCAGUACAACAUGGAUCAGUUUACUCCUGCCAAACUAGAGGGAUAUGAUGAGCCGGUCUUGAUCACAGAGCAUGGGGACUUGGGUCAGGGACGUUUCCUGGAUCCCCGCAAUUGCUUGUCGUUCCGCUUCGACCACCUUAGGAAAGAGGUGAGCGAUGUGCAGCCAUAUGAAGGAGACACAGCGCUGAGAAGCUGGAGAGAUGCCUGCGAUACUGCCCUCAGUGCCUAUGUUAAAGAGCACUAUCCUACUGGAGUCUGCACAGUAUAUGGCAAAAUGGUUGAUGGUCAGCAAACAAUCAUAGCCUGUAUUGAAGGACAUCAAUUUCAGCCCAAAAACUUCUGGAAUGGCCGCUGUAGGUCAGAGUGGAAGCUUACCAUUGGUCAGCCCACUGCUCAAGUAGUGGGUGUGCUGAAAAUUCAGGUACACUAUUAUGAAGAUGGGAAUGUGCAGCUGGUUAGCCAUAAGGAGGUGGAAGAGUCAAUACCAGUGAAUAAUGAAAGCCAGACAGCCAAGGAAUUUGUUGACAUCAUUGAGAAUGCUGAAAAUGACUACCAGACUGCAAUCAGUGAGAACUACCAGACCAUGUCUGACACCACCUUUAAGGCCCUGCGUCGCCAGCUGCCUGUCACACGCACUAAAAUCGACUGGAACAAGAUCCUAAGCUACAAAAUUGGAAAGGAGAUGCAGAACGCCUAGAUGGAAGGUCAGGGACUGACCAAGGAGACACACACUCCCCUGGGCUGAUGAACCACCUAUAAAUGCUCAAGGACUAACCAAAGCAAAACUAAAUCAGUAUGGGGCAAGGAAAUAUAAAAAAAAAAAAAACCACAACAAAACUCAAACAUACAAAAACAAAAAAGAAACUGAAGAUUUACAGACUGUUAGGCACAAGUUUCCAGCUGCUGUAAUGAAGCUGUGGUUGUGGAGAUAAUUCUGGUUUGGAGAGAGUGGUUACUUCUGGAUGUGUGCUGUGACAAAUAUGUGUUGGGUCAGUGUGCAGGGCUGUGCUCAGGACCGCUACAUUAAAGGGUUACAUCUUUCUUAUGUCAUCUUGAAGGAGCUGGUAUAUGAUUCUGGUAUCAGGAAUUACUAUAGGAUACAAUUUGAGACUGAAGAUCUCAGCAGACGGACAAGAGGCAGGACUGUCCAGGGCAGCUAAUGGGAGAAAUGAAGCACACUAUCACAUAUCAGGGUUCAUUUUAGGCAGAUAUAAAGGUUUUGUUUAAUUGUUUGGCUGGUAUGAUGGAAUUACAAAUGAGGCGCAUCAAUUGGGACAGUAGCAGGAAAAAUGUCAAACAUUGUAUCUAGUCCCGAACUAAUAAUAUAAUUGAACUGACAUGGAGUUAUACUUUACUAAUACAUUUGAUGGGAUUUGUACCUCUGAACAUUUAGCAGUAGCACAAUCCUUAGCAUAGCUCUGUUCCUGCACUGUUGACCUGUAUGAUUGUCGGUGUUUGUCAGGGGUAAGGGAAUGUUUACUCGUGUUCUGUUGUACUCCACUGAUGUACUUGUCUCCACCCAUGCAAGCUAUGACGACUGAAACAAGACAAAGCGACUUAUGCGCUUCUGCAUCUAUAUUGUAUUCUCUGUUCUCUUACUUUGGCAACAACACCUCCAUUGCUGUACAGCUUUUCCUUUGUGAAAGGAAAACAUAUUCAUAUUAACCAAGAUUUAUUUGCCAAAAUCUCUUUCCUAUGGUAAAGAACUCCAUCCUCCCACCCAUGUAUGCAAAUUUCUAUUUUAAUACGCUGUUAUUAUAAUUUUUUUUGUUGGAGUCUUAGAAUAUUGCACUCUUAACUGUAACAAACUGUUUGUGCAUUGGUCAAUGCCAAGUGGACACAACGCAGUUGCCAUGUAAGGCAAGAUCAUAUACAGUAUGUGUUACAUGACGUCUGUAAGGCCAGGUCAUAUGUGUUACAUGACUUCUUAGUAGGCUGACUCUGGAUCAGUUACUUGUUAGCUGUACUACGUGCUGUGUUCAACCCUCACACUAUACUACAACUGUGUGCUGAUCAGUUAUAAAGUUCAAAACUGUACUGCCCCAUUCUGUUGUAUGAAUAAAUGGAUUCAACUUCA